CAAGGUUCAGUCACCGGCCUUGGGGGUGUCGGCAAGACCCAGAUUGUGCUUGAGCUAGCUUACAGAACGGGAGAUAAACGUCCCGAUUGCUCAGUCUUUUGGAUAUCUGCAACUAGAAUGGAGAAUGUCCAACAAGCGUACCUCGAGAUCGCCCAGCAGCUACGCAUACCAGGGUUGAGGAGUAAAAAAGAAGAUGUUAAGGAGCUUGUGCAACACUACCUAAGUCAGGAAAGCGCAGGCCAGUGGCUGCUAAUAUCGGAUAAUGUUGAUGACUUGGAUACGUAG